CUGAAUGCAUCACCAUCGUUAAAACUAAACAAACCUUUAAAUAACGUGUUAACUAACUACACAGAGUAGCUACAGAGCUUCACCUGGAAGAGACAACUAGUUUAACAUCACAUUUUUAUUCAGGAAAAGCUUAUAAUACCAACAACAAUAGGUAAAACACGAUGACCUUUCACCUUUGACUAUGUUUGUUCUCAGCAGUAAUGGACGGAAGACAUGAUGUCCCACCCUUUAGCAGAGGCCUGAAGACUAUAACAACAACAACAACAACAAAGCAGCAGCUCAGCGUCCUAACAGCUACCGAGGAGCUACAUCACCCACUAACAGGUGUGAUGGCAGUUGGAGGGCUGAUGACUGCAGAUACGUGGCUUUAGGGGUGCAGCGCUGCCCUAGCUUGACGGCACCAUGCUGCAGAAAGGUGCGAUCCAAAUUAUCGAAUGGGAGGACUUGGACAAGAGGAAGUUCUACUCCCUGGGUGUGUUCAUGUCCUUGACCACCAGGGCCACCGUCUACCCGGCCAGCCUCAUCCGCACUCGGCUCCAGGUGCAGAAGGGGAAGGCCCUCUACUCCGGCACCUUUGAUGCUUUCUGCAAGAUCCUGCGAGCUGAGGGUGCGCGUGGCCUCUACCGUGGCUUUAUGGUCAAUACGUUCACCCUGAUCUCAGGACAGGCUUAUAUCACCACCUACGAACUGGUGCGCAAGUACGUGUCCCAGUACUCGCCCAGCAACACGGUGAUAUCGGUGGUGGCUGGAGGGGCGGCGUCCCUGGUGGCCCAGACCAUCACUGUGCCCAUAGACGUAGUGUCGCAGCAACUGAUGAUGCAAGGACAGGGGGAACACCUGUCUCGUUUCAAGGUCAAGCCCAAAAUGAUGCUCGCGACAACGAAGCGCAAACCGACUUUCGGACAAACCCGCGACAUUACGGUGCAGAUAUUUGCAGCCGAUGGUUUCAGGGGAUUUUACCGGGGCUACGUGGCAUCGCUACUCACGUACAUCCCGAACAGUGCACUCUGGUGGCCUUUUUAUCAUUUUUAUGCAGAGCAGCUGUCCUUGAUGGCACCCAGUGAGUGCCCCCAUCUGUUUCUGCAGGCGUUGGCAGGACCAAUGGCAGCAGCGACCGCCUCCACCAUCACCAACCCCAUGGAUGUUGUCCGAGCAAGAGUGCAGGUGGAGGGACGAUCUUCCGUCAUCGAGACGUUCAAGCAGCUGCUGGCAGAGGAGGGCGUCUGGGCGAUGACCAAAGGGUUGUCGGCCCGCAUCAUUUCCGCCAUGCCCACGUCGGUGGUCAUCGUGGUGGGAUACGAGACUCUGAAGAGACUGAGCCUGCGAGCUGAGCUUGUAGAGUCCAGACACUGGUGAAAGGGCCAGAGGGAACCAGGACUGCCUUGUACCAGAUUUCAGCAAGGCAGGAACUUUUCACACAGGACCACAGACGUGUGUCCGUUCUCGGGGUAACUGCUCACCUGUCACGCUGCUUUCCACACGCCUUUUAAGAUGUGUUGUUUUAAUGCAGCAGAGUUCAAGUGGUGUUGUUUGUCUUUAGGCACACUUUGGAGUCACAGGUGUUUUGUUACCUUGCCUUUUUCUGUUUGUCAACACAUUUCUACUGGCUUUCUUUCUUUCUUUGCUAAACUGUUAAUGUGAAAUAUGAAGAUAUAAAUGAAAACAAUGUUGUGCAUUUUGCCAAAAAUUUCCCAUCUGAAAAAAAACACGACAAAUCGAUGACUGAGGAAAGUUACUUCUUAAAGUUUCUUUUUGAUUAAUGCCUCCUGUAACUGUCUAUUUUAACAAUAUGGAAUGACUGCACCAGUGUACUUUUUAUUCCUGGUUAUGCAGUUCAGGGAUUUGUUUUUUUUACCGUGUCAUACUUUAACGGCACAGAGGCAGCCUAAGCUUGUGAACACUUGAUGCAUCUUUUGAGUUCACAAUCCAGCUGGGUUCGGUUUUCUUUCUUUUAAAUGGAGCUACUCUGCAGUAAAUCACAGUAUGUUUUUUUUUAAAUAAGAGAAUUUGCGACGAGGCCAGUCUUAUGACUUUUCAAUGUGCCAAAAUCUGGAGACACAAAUGCCAUCUAUCCAGCGUUUGAAGAGCAGAAAAGCAUUCCAGUUGAAAAGAACAUUUUGUGAAACAUCUGCCAAGAAUCUCACCUUAGUUGAGGCCUAAAGAGAGAAUAAGAUUUAUUAUUUAAUUACAGCAAGGCCGUUAAAUUGUACAGAAGAAAUCAAAGUGUGAAAAUUAAGCUUUACUUCCAAAAGAACAUUUAAAGAAGAAGAAUCUCGAGGUCUUUGUGAAACCUGGCUCAAGUCUGUGUAGUUUGACUGAAGGCCUUUUCGUAAUGAUUGUAGCUGUGUCACGUGAUUUAUGUACCAGCGGUCAGUGGUGCGGGUACAAUGAUGAAUUCUACUUAUAAAUCAGGCUGGCAUUUCUGCUUCUUUUUGACUGUGUAAAUGGACUGUACAUAAAGUGGAGCUCGACAGAAAAGAGGUGUAAAAGUAACGUUACAGGCCUCAAAGAGGUGGGAAUUUUCCGCAUGGGGUACUUCUGUUAACUCUGUUGUAUUGUGUACAUUAUUUAUGCUGCUCAGAUGACUGUGGAUCAAAUCUGCAUUUGGUUACAGGGCAGAAACUUUAACCAGUGGUUCAUUCUGUUUGGUUAAAGCUAACACACACACAGAGAGAGGGAGAGAAAAGGCAACAGCAUCACACCAGCAGACACAACUAGUUGCCUUCAGAUUUCACCAGUCGCUUAAUGAAUGUGAGGUACAUCAACAAGGCCAUAUUUAGAAAUGACUAUUACUGCCAGGAAACACAUCUCAGCGAGGUUUUACACUCUGUGCUCUUUCUUUUUUUAUAAACUAUUAAAUGUUUUGCAGGCAGCACUCUUCAGUUUGAUGGACCCCAGUUUCUGAUGUGAUUAGAUUCUGAAAAGCAAAUUUAAUGGACCUUUUUGCCUGUAUAGAGGAGGUGCUGCUACACAUGUAUUUACCAACUAUCUGCUGUGUGUGUAAUCAUAUUAAAGAAUUGUUAAAAGUAGUUUGAUGUGUUUUAAACUUGGAGAUCUCGUUCGAUGAAAAGGAAUAAAGAAUUCUGAAUAACUGCA